AGCGAAUCAGCGGUGCAGUACGUGAUUACGUCACGUAAACCUCUAUGGUCACGUUACGUACGUCAAGCCAGCAGGAAAUGUGAUGUGGCUUUGACUCAGAUCAAACAUGUCUGCCAUUUUCAACUUCCAGUCACUGUUGACAGUGAUUCUUCUCCUGAUCUGCACCUGCGCUUACAUCAGAGCGCUGGCUCCCAGCCUGCUGGACAAGAACAAGACCGGGAUUCUAGGGAUUUUCUGGAAGUGUGCCAGAAUAGGUGAGCGGAAGAGUCCCUGGGUGGCUUGCUGCUGUGUCGUCAUGGCUUUUAGUAUACUGUUUCUGCAGUAGGAGAGCGAAGAAAACCACGAUGGGAGAUGAAGAGAAAACCUGGGACGGACACUGCAAUCCCAGAGGCACAUCAGGACCGCCAGUGGUUGUCGUUUAGAUAUGAUAAGAUGUAAAAAUGGACACCUGUCACCACUCACCGUAGCAACGGGGAGAGAGAAAAUGUUUUUGGGGGCGGAGGGAUGAGCUGAUAGCCCCAAAGUGUGUCUCAAUCCCUACGGACACUUCCAGGUCUAUCUUUGUGUUUGUGUUUUUGUGGAAUGUUCACUCCGGAUGUGUGUGUGGGCGGAUGGGGGAUGGGGGCGGUGGGGGCGGUGCUUUCUGUUAUCUGCCAUUUAGUCUAAAAGACAGAAGUCAUAUUCUUGGUGGGAUCAAAUUGAUACGUUGUCCGAACAUUUCAAGCUGUUUUUUCUUCCUGCAUGUUUGUAUCAACUUGUAUCAGUUGCAUAAACCAGUUUGAACUUUGAAACAGAGCUACAAUGAAGUGUGACUCAAAAUCAUCCGCGCCCCUUCUUUAUUGUGUGUGGAGAGGGUGAUGAUCCGCAGCAAAGUAAAUGGUAGAAUAGCUCUGCAGAUGCCUAAUUGUUGUGCAUAUUUGCCUCAAAGAGCUGCUGAUGUUUUUAAAGUCAGUUUGCUGCUAUUUAUUAAAGAACCUUUUUGGAAAUUGGGGUUUUUCAUUUCUUGCCGUUGACACUUGUUGAUGUAUGUUGUGGUAAUGAUGAAGUGUGAUUAAUAAUAACUACUAGUUAUGCAAAAUACACGUUUAGAACUAGUAAA